CACGUUACUGAUGGCUUCCUUGUCCUCCUUCCUCGUGCCGCAGGUCCUCGGGUCGUCGAAUGAGUUCCACUUCGUCCACCGCGCGCUGCCCGCCGCGCGUGCCAAGCGCUCCCUGCCGCACACCAGGAAGCUCAAAGUCGACCCUCUGGUGUCGAUGGCGGCGCAGCAGUCGGGUUUCGUUCGGGUGAAGCGCGGCUACAAGCCACUCAAGGUGGAGACGAUCGUCGGGCCGAUCAGUCCCGGGCAGGACCCCACGGACCCCUACUUCAACUUCCAGUGGUACCUGAAGAACACGGGGCAGAACGGCGGCAAGCCGAAGCUCGACCUCAACGUGGAGGCGGCCUGGGCGCAGGGCGUCACGGGCAAGAACGUGACCACCGCCAUCAUGGACGACGGCGUGGACUACAUGCACCCCGACCUCAAGUUCAACUACAACGCCCGGGCGAGCUACGACUUCAGCAGCAACGACCCGUUCCCGUACCCGAGGUACACGGACGACUGGUUUAACAGUUACACCCGGUACACCCUCACACUUGCAUGCUCAAAGCUGGGGCUGUGCCGUCGGAGUAGUAGUCGGGAGAGCAGCCCAUUUCCUCUGGCGCAGCCGCUCUCCCCGCUCCUCCACCUCAUCUCUCCCCUCGCCAUCCUUCUUCCUUCCUAUCACGCAAUCUCCAUCGCCUCCUCCCCACCGCCCAGCUCCUCGCCGCACUCGCAAGGCCCCCGGUUGUGUAACGACGGUACAUCUCUGUCAGGCAUCCGCAUGCUGGACCAGCCCUACAUGACGGACCUCAUCGAGGCCAACUCCAUGGGCCACGAGCCGCACCUCAUCGACAUCUACUCGGCGUCCUGGGGCCCGACCGACGACGGCAAGACGGUGGACGGCCCGCGGAACGCCACCAUGCGCGCCAUCGUGAGGGGCGUCAACGAGGGUCGCAACGGCCUGGGCAACAUCUACGUGUGGGCGAGCGGCGACGGCGGCGAGGACGACGACUGCAACUGCGACGGCUACGCCGCGUCCAUGUGGACCGUGUCCAUCAACUCGGCCAUCAACGACGGCCAGAACGCGCACUACGACGAGAGUUGCUCGUCCACGCUCGCCUCCACCUUCUCCAACGGCGCAAAGGACCCCAACACCGGUGUGGCCACCACAGAUCUCUACGGAAAGUGCACGACCACGCACUCGGGGACCUCCGCCGCCGCUCCGGAGGCCGCGGGCGUGUUCGCCCUGGCGCUUGAAGCCAACACCCAGCUCACGUGGCGAGACAUCCAGCACCUCACCGUCCUCACCUCGAAGCGCAACUCGCUGUUCGACGCCAAGGGCCGCUUCCACUGGACGAUGAACGGCGUGGGACUCGAGUUCAACCACCUGUUCGGCUUCGGCGUGCUCGACGCCGGCGCCAUGGUGGCGCUCUCCAAGCAGUGGCGGACCGUGCCCGCCAGAUACCACUGCGAGGGCGGCUCCGUCAAGGAGGCCAUGUGAGUGACAACGACACGACCGCGGCGG